AUGGAGGUUCUAUCGAGAAUCGCGAGCAACGACGGGCACGGUGAAAACUCUGCCUUUUUCGACGGUUGGAAGGCGUACGAUAGUAAUCCUUAUCACCCCACGAAAAACCCUAAUGGGGUUAUUCAGAUGGGAUUAGCAGAAAACCAGCUUUCAUUAGAUUUAGUCCAAGAAUGGGUCCAAAACAACCCAAAGGCCUCAAUCUGCACAGCAGAAGGUGCAAGUGACUUCAAGGAUAUCGCGAUUUUUCAGGAUUAUCAUGGCUUGCCCGAAUUCAGAAAUGCUGUUGCAAGAUUCAUGGAGAGAGUGAGAGGAAACAGGAUCCGGUUCGACCCAGACCGUAUAGUGAUGAGUGGCGGUGCAACGGGUGCUCAAGAGACAUUGGCCUUCUGCUUGGCUGACCCUGGUGAUGCAUUAUUGGUGCCAAUACCAUAUUAUCCAGGCAACGAUCGGGACCUGACAUGGCGAACCGGAAUCCAACUCGUGCCCGUCAAUUGCGAAAGCUCGAAUAACUUCAAGAUCACACGCCAAGCCCUCGAGUCCGCUUACAACAAGGCCCAGGAGUCGAACAUCAAAGUCAAAGGCCUCCUCCUCAACAACCCUUCAAACCCAUUAGGCACCAUAAUCGACCGGGACACGCUAGCAGAGUCCCUCAAAUUCACAAACUCCAAAGGAAUCCACCUCAUCUGCGACGAGAUCUACUCCGCCACCGUCUUCUCAGAGCCAGGAUUCGUCAGCAUAGCCGAAGUCGUCCAACAGGCCCAACAUGCCGAGGAGCCCAUUAACCUCGACCUGGUCCACAUCGUUUACAGCCUUUCAAAAGACCUCGGUUUUCCUGGGUUCAGGGUAGGCGUAAUCUACUCCUACAACGACAGGGUCGUUAACUGUGCUCGAAAAAUGUCGAGCUUCGGGCUCGUGUCGACCCAGACUCAACGCCUCAUAGCAUCCAUGCUGUCGGACGAAGAGUUUGUGGGCCGGUUCCUAUGCGAGAGCUCGAAGAGGCUGAGCGCGAGGCACAGGGUGCUGACGUUGGGCCUGGCCCAAGUGGGGAUCGGGUGCCUGAAGGGGAAUGCUGGGCUUUUCUGCUGGAUGGACCUGAGGGGCCUGUUGAGGGAGCCCACGUUCGAGGCCGAGAUGGAGAUUUGGCGCGUGAUUGUCAACGAUGUGAAGAUAAACGUGUCGCCGGGGGCUUCUUUCCACUGCCCGGAGGCCGGGUGGUUUAGAGUGUGUUUCGCCAACAUGGAUGACGAGAUGUUGGCGGUGGCCUUGGGCCGGAUAAGGAAGUUUGUGGGCCAGGCCAGGCCCAUGGGGAAGAAGAUGGGCCGGAAGCUUGAGAUCAGCCUGUCGUCCCGUAGGCUGGAAGAGAUCAUGAUGGCCGGUAGCGGUGGGGCCCACAAGAUGUCGCCGCAUUCGCCUAUGCCGUCCCCACUCGUCCGGGCACGGACUUAA